GAUAAGGACGUCGAAGAAAGACAGAUUUGUCAUUGCAACUAAUGGCAAGCAAACAGCAGCUGUACGUAACACUCACUUCCCCUUAAAGAAACAAAGUUAUUUCAAAACCGUUCAUGAGAAGCAUUUGCAAGACAACAUUUUAAAACAUUGUCCACCGCAUAAGACGACAGUUGAGACAUAUGAGCGGAACGUUAAAAAUGAUCCUGUCUUUACCGAUAGUACUAUUGGCUGUGGUCCUGAAUUUUAAACUUACUCAAGCUAUUACAACGAAACACUGCAAACCAAACGAUCUUAAAAGUACAGAUUUUAGUCAAUGCGGUGUAAAAAUCGUUAAAGGACGAUCCAGAGUUCGAAGGGUUAUAGGUGGAAAAGAAACAAAAGAAAAUGACUGGCCUUGGAUGGUGAUGAUUAUGAAUGAUACAAAUUUAUAUUGUGGUGGUUCCAUCAUUAGUCCUACAUCCAUACUUACGGCGGCCCACUGUGUAGAUGAGAUAAAGAAAAAAAAUUUGAUAUUCUAUGUUGGUAAACACAAGGUCAAAGGUAUUGAUAAAUAUGAGCAAAAACUUAUGGCAAAACAUAUCAAAAUACACGAGAAAUACAAAAGAGGUAAUGAGACAAGUCCUGGCCAGUACGAUAUAGCGAUUGUCCAAUUGAAGGACACCAUUCAAUUUAACGAACACGUACGACCAGUCUGUUUAACAACGAAGGAGCAGUUUGCAGUAGGACAUCAAUGUAUACUUACAGGUUGGGGUAUCACCAACAAAAAUAAAACAUCUAAUGUAUUAAGAGAAGUGACACUACCUUUGGUUUCAAAUAAGAUUUGCAACAGCAAUAAAAGUUAUGGCGGUGUCAUCCCCCCGCAUUAUUUAUGCGCGGGUUUACCCCAGGGUGGUAAGGAUGGUUGUAACUACGACAGUGGUGGACCUCUGAUGUGCGCCAACGAUGAAACUGACCAGUGGUAUCAGGUUGGCGUCAUGAUUUGGGGACAAGGCUGCGCCUUGGAAAACAAAUACGGAGUUUAUGCUAGUGUCUCAUCAGCAAACGAUACAAUAGAAAAAUAUGUCAAAGAUCUUCCUAAAUCAAACAAACGCAAAGAUUGUUCAACAUAUUCAAACGAGAACGAAAUGAUGAACGAAGACAAAACUAAAGAAGGAAUUCUUAUUUCCAUCAUUGUAAUAUUGUCUGUGAUUGUCAUAAUACUAUUGACGACAUUAUGUGCCAUAAAUUUCCACACACGUAGAUAUCUAUGUUGUACAGUGGCUGGGACAAACACGUCUAAACAAUAUGUACAGACUAGAAACUCGCAUGACCAAAACGACAAAUUACACAGUGAAAUUAGCGUCUGAUCGAUAGUUUAGUAGGGGGAAAACUAUUUUAGCUGUACAAUGAAUGUAUGAAGAAUUAUAACUAAAUAAUGUAAAUGUAGAUCAUCUUGUAUUUAUAGCGAGAGAAAAUGUAAAUAGAAAUAAAAAAAUAAGAGUAAGUAUAUUAUUGAGCAUAGAUAAUGAGGUAUAAUGGUCGUAUUUCAUAAUUUUAAUUGUGUUCUAAUGGAUUUAUUAUAAAAGGAUUUACCACAAUAUUCUGACUAAACCACACACUCCAUGUAAUUGAACUCUGUGUAAUUCAAUCAAAUUAAACGAUAGUUAGAAAAAUUUGAACAUUUAACCAACUAACGUACAAAAUGAAAAAAUAUGUAAGGAAGUGUAAUAUUGCCACACCUGAUUAAAGUAAACCUUCUUCAAUUCAA